GUGUGUGCCCGGAGGAGAAGUGCGAUCCCGCUGCCCUUAUCACCACCAUCCCCGGAUCUUCUCCGCACGACCGCGUCCUUUCUUCCACGCUGCUGCAAGGAGCGAAAAGCAUAUGUUCGCCUCCCUCCUGCGACCUCAGCAGGCGCGUCGAGCCUCCUCGGAGCGCUCGCCCUUGCUCCAAGCCUUUCGUCGCGCCGCCCCCCGCCAAGAUGCAGACAGUGCUGUUGAGGAGCCCGAGGACGAAGACAACGAGUAUGCACAGGACGACGACGCCUACGACGAGGACCCAGAGAACGAGAACGAGGAUGAAGACGAAGACGAUGGCGAUGAUCGAGAUGGGCCAUUGCUGCCCGUCUUCUCGGAGAUGCUAGAUCGCCUGCCCAUCUACAGCACCACCCAUUCCAUACGCAUAAUCAUCGUCCAGCGAUGCGAGACAACCCUCUCGUGGGACCAGCUCCGCUCGCCCCAGGUCUCACAGUUCCUCGUCAAGCCUAUCCAGCAGCAGAUACGCUCCUCCCACUUUUCCCGCGCCACCUUAUAUGCCCUGAUAGCAAAUUGUCUGCAGUUCCAGAAAGAAGGCCAGCUGAAUCCUGGAAUCGUUGGUGUCAGCAAGACCAGGGCCAUGAUAUGCGAGCUGCUCGCCAUGCGUUUGAUCAAGGAAUUCUCUACCAGGGAGCUACUUGAUGCCCUGUCCUACGACUUCGACCCGCUUCAAGGAAUGGCGCCUCUCGAUCAUGCGCAAGGUGCAAACAGGCCCCGCUCGAGUCCGCGUUCCGCUCGGAUAUCCACAAUAGAGAUUGCCAUUCGUGCCCAGUCGAAGAAAUUCCUAGCACAUCCCUUAGUCGUACAACAACUGGAGGCCAUCUGGGCUGGAACCAUUGUCUUCCACUCGGCCGCCGACAAUCUGCAUAGGACCCCCUCUCGACGCGAUUCGUCCAAACUUCGCGCCUAUGGUACAACGAGAGCCGGUCUUUCUCCUGGUAGAGGACCCUCUAACGCACCUAGGGUCAAGAUAGAAAGCUCUGAUCAGCUCUUGAACGAAGCCACGCUCAGACGCUCAGUCACUUUGUAUGACCCUCACGACGCAUCACUAUUCAAGCUCUCUCGUCUUCGUGUUCCCCGUUAUAGGCAGUUGUUCUCAACAGGCUCCUUCGCCGUCAUGCUUGGCUUGUUCUUAGCAGUCUUGGUCCAGAAAUCCGACGACAUUACCGGACUCGAAGUUAUUUUCUGGUUCUGGAGCGCUGGUUUUAUGCUUGACGAGAUUGUCGGCUUCACUGAGCAAGGCUUCGGCUUGUACAUCAUGAGUGUCUGGAAUGCUUUUGAUCUCGGUAUACUCUUCCUCUUCGUGGCCUACUACGUGUUGAGGCUCUAUGGAAUACUUAUGCCCAGUGUUCAAAAGCACUACGUCGCUAACAUGGCUUAUGAUGUGCUCGGGACGACCGCCGUUCUGUUGUUCCCGAGGCUGUUUUCCGUGCUCGACCAUUAUCGCUAUUUCUCGCAGCUGCUCAUCGCAUUCAGAAUGAUGGCCAUGGAUCUGGUCGCCAUUCUGGUCCUAAUUAUCAUAAGCUGUAGUGGCUUCUUCGUUGCAUUUACACUUGCAUUUAGCAAUGACCUAGAUGCCGGCGGGGCCGCCUACGCCCUCUUUCAAAUGCUCAUGGGCUUUACCCCUGCUGCGUGGGAUAUCUGGGGAGAGUACAACAUCCUAGGAAAAGGCAUACUUACGCUAUUUCUCUUCAUUUGUCACUUCCUGAUUGUUACGAUUUUGAUCACAGUCUUGACGAACUCUUUCAUGGCCAUCGUACAGAACGCAAAUGAAGAGCAUCAAUUUCUUUUUGCAGUCAACACCAUCUCGAUGGUCAAAUCCGACGCUUUGUUCUCGUACAUUGCUCCGACAAAUGUACUCGGAUGGCUGCUCAUCCCCUUGAGAUUCUUCAUGCCGUUUCGGAAAUUCAUCAAGAUGAAUCGAACUGUCAUUAAGAUGACCCACCUACCGGUUCUGUUUUCUAUAUUUGCUUAUGAGCGCUUUAUCCUAUCGUACUCUGCAUAUGGCCCGACGGACCUAGUUGAACAGCGAGGCCGAAGUGCUGCGAAGCUUCCAGCUUUCACUAUGCGAGGCCCUGGAGAUCUGUUUAGUCCUGGAGCUCGGCUUCGAGAGCCGUCAAUCACAACCUUUCAAAAGGAUCGCGCUCUCGAUGAAGUCUUCCGGAGGCCGUUCAGGGAUCCGUCACUCAGCCAGGCAAACGCUGGUACAAUAGUCGGUCGAAGAAAAUCGAGCAAUGUAGUCCGCGACUGGAUGCAGGGUAUAGGACAUGAAGGAGGCACACCUCCCCCGAUGGAAGAGCCUCGCUCUGUACUCGACCAGCUUGAGUCUCGGCGGCCGAGGAUUCGACGAGCCAACACAGGUCAGCAACCGAUAGCCAAACGAAAGAAUCACUCCGCAACCACUCGAUCUGUUGCCUCGGACCCAGAAGAGCUGUUGACAAUGAGGCGCUCAAGACCUUAUCCGAUUCAAGAGGAAGAAGGCGAGUUGCCUGAUAUGAGCAUGGAUGAUAUCCUCCAAACAGAUGGCGACGGCGAUGAUGAGCUCGUCACAAACGACGAAGAUGAUCAAGAAACAUCCACUCGCGAAGGCUCCGACAAAGAGAAUCGCCAGCACAGGGCCUACAGCUCUUCAUCUGAAGACUACUUCCGAACUCCCAUGACGGCGAAGCCAGAGACACCAGUCCAACCCAGCUCUCUAUCCUCUUCCGCAGCACGCGCUCGACAACAACUGCAGCCAAAUGCCACCCCCAGCUACUUUUUCGGCCCUGGGGCCUCCCGUCCUAACCGCGGCCACUCCCGCCAACUCUCCACCAACACCGUCCUUUUCAACCCGGCCGAAUCCAAACCGCCAUCCCAACCUCAAUCCAAACCCACCUCCCAACCCUCCCGCCAACCAUCCGCCCGCCAGUCCCGCGCCACCUCUCCCGCCAAACGUCCCACCACCGCAAACCGCUCCGGCACCGCCACUCCAUCAGGCCGUCGCACGCCCAAACGCCCCGUUCUCCCGACCAUCCAAUCCGCCCGCGCGCGCCCCAUCAUGCCACCCCACGGCCUCCACAACUCGGCCCUCUCCUUCAGCGACUUGCUCGGCCUCAACAUCGGCCCCCGCCGCGACCCGUCCUUCAACGCGCGUGCGCUCGACCUCGCGUCCGACCUCGGCGACAACAAGCACGGGCCCGACUUUGGCGCGCUGCCCGCCAGCUUCUCGACCCAGCUGGAGAUGGAGGCGCUGCGGCGCAGCAAGAAGAAGGAGGAGGAGGAGGGCAUGGUCAGCCGCAUCAUGCUGGCGCGCAUGACGACGCUGGAGGAGGGGUUCCGGGAUGUGCUGAAGGAGGUCAAGGGGCUGAGGGGGUAUGAUGGCGGGGGCACGGCGACGGGGGUCACGAGUCGGGCGGGGAGCACGAAGGAUGCUGGGGAGGGGGGAAUGCGCAAGAAGAGCGGGAAGGGGCGGAAGAAGGCGGUGGCGGAGGGGCAGAGGGCGGUGGUGGAGCAGGUGGGGAGUUUGCCGACGACACAGACGCUGAUGCAGGGAGAGGGAGAGGGAGAGGGGGAGGGGGAGGGUGAGAUACCGGAUUUGGCGGAGGCGAUGAAGGGGGAGAGGGUGGGGAGCAGUAGUCUUUGAUUGAGCGAUAGGUUCAGGGGCGGUAUUGUCUGGCACUUCUAUGGUGGCAUUUGCAUAGUGUUGUCUUUUUGCAUUUGGGUUUGAGGCCGAAGGGCAUUGGUGAAUGCAUGGGGGCCAGGGGUAAGAGGGGUUGUAUUAUAGCAUAUGGCGGAUACCCAGAUCAAUUCAUAAUUUCUUUCCUUCAUUCAUUCGUAUAUUUCAUAUCUCUUCCGUCUUUACACGUUCUCUAGCCCUUGCUUUUUUUGUCUUUGGUAUUCUUGACUUCCUACUUCCUAUCGCUUG